UAUUUAUUUAUUUAUUUUUUUUAGAAAUGGACAACAUAACAGCGGCUACAUCGCUUGACACGUCAUCGCUAAUGGUAGGGAUCCCAUUUCCCAACCUCACAAACUCGAGUGUAAUUUCUGGGACCCAAUUAGAGGACAAGAUAGACAGCCCACUGGAAUUGGUUAGCGACGAGCAACUGCGCUUGACUCGACUUAUAGUUCAGAAAUGUCUUGUUCCGAUCAUUACUUGCGCAGGUGUGAGCGGAAAUGUCAUCAGUAUUGCAGUUUUGAUUCACAAAAGUAUGAAAACAUCAACCAAUUGCUACCUGACCGCUCUCGCUGUAUUCGACAUAUUAUACUUGAUAACAAGUAUGACAUUAAGUCUGAAACAUUAUCAGGAAAUCAAUGAGCAUUGGGUGUACAAGUACAUUUACUUAUAUUCCCGAAUCUUUAUAGAUAUAUGGGCGAACACUUCUGUGUCCUUGACAGUGACCUUUACAGUGGAGCGCUACGUGGUUGUAUGUCAUCCAAUCAAAGGUCGUGCAAUAUGCACGCCAAAAAGAGCCCGGAUAAUAACGUUGUUUGUUAUUUUGUUCGUAGUAUUUGCUAUGUCACCUGAAUUUUUUGUACGUGAAGUUUACGAAAAAAUUGAAUUACGAAACAGUACUAACGUAACAACAUACCAAAUAGAAUUCACUGAAAUGGGAGAGAGCCACGGGUACAGCGUGUACUACAACUGGCUUAUAGUGCUCGUCUUCAGUUUUGCACCACUGGCUGUGUUGCUAAGUUUCAACAUCAUUUUGAUUCGAUCUGUGUGCAAAGCAAACCGCCUAAGACGAAGAAUGACGUAUGUUGCUGUUAACCGUCCGGGUGAGAGACGUUCAGGGGAACAAACAAAGGUCACGUGUAUGCUGAUAGGUGUCGCUUUUGUGUUUAUUAUCUGUCAACUCCCAACAGCAGCCAUGAUAAUAUUUAACACUUAUAUCGACCUUGCUGGGGUUACAUUAACUAAAUCUGGACAUAAUUAUCGUAUCAUAGCAGGAAAUGUGGCCAACAUUUUAAUAUCGGUGAAUGCUGCCGUUAAUUUCAUUCUAUAUUCCGUCAUGAGUACAAAAUUUAGGAAAGUAUUUUUACGAAUGUUUUGCGACCACACAAAGUAUACAUUGGGACGAAAUUUCUCAGAAUAUUCCUAUUCUACCGGAGUUUCGUCAGUCCGCCGGAUCUCAGCAUGUCGUGAUGUUGAGAGUAAGCGGCUGCGCAAGUUUGCUGAUUCCAAUUCCCACUCACCAGAAGAACUAAUCAAACACUAUCGACUUCUGCCAAAUCGACACCGUUCACAAGAAUCGCUCACUUCCAAAGAGUCAUUUUCUCGCAGUAACGGUUUUUCACAGCGUGCAUACACAGAUACUGUUUUAUGAAUAAUAUGAAAUCAAACCUGAUAUCUU